GUGGAGGGGGGAUAAUGAAGGUAGGGAGGAGGAGGAGCAGGCGGCGGCGGCGGCGGGAUCGGUCUUUCCCACCCACUUCGGCAGCACUCGUCUAGUUCUGCCAAGCCACGGAAGUCUCCCGGUGGGCGCCUCCUUCGCAAACUCGGGCCAAGGCGCAGGGCCGGCCGUGGAUCCAACCAGGCCUCAGUCUCCUCGCAGCCCGCCUGCUUUCUCCCUUCCCUCGGCGUUCUUCUGCCCCCUCCCGCUGGGCUGAAGCUCGCACGGGGCUCGCCGGGCGGCGCGCUCGCAGUGCGCAGUGCCUCUGCAGCUACGGCGGCAACAGCAGCAGCGGGAGGAGCAGGCGGCUCGCUCGGGGCUGGAGCAGGCGGCGGCGGCAACGACAACAACGGCAGCGACAGCAGUAAUAGCGGCUCCUCCUCCUCUCCCCCUCGGGCUCCCGCAGGCAGGAUGGUGCCGUAGUCCUGCAGCCGUCUGCGGGCCGCGGGGCGGGUCUGUAGCUGACGCGGGGUGGUGUCCUUUGCAGCAAUCGGGAGCCGAAGGCGGCGGGCGCCGGGCGCAGCGCAAAGCGCCCGUGCGCCCCUAUUCCUCUCGCUCUCCAUGGACGGGGGAGCGGGAGGCGGCCCCGGGGUGCCCGGUUCCGAGAGCCCCAACAGAGCGGUGGAGUACCUGCUGGAGCUCAACAACAUCAUUGAGAGCCAGCAGAAGCUGCUGGAGACCCAGCGGCGCCGGAUCGAGGAGCUGGAGGGGCAGCUGGAGCAACUGAGCCAAGAGAACCGGGACCUGCGGGACGGGGAGAGAGAAAGGGAUCGCGACCGACACCGAGAUCGGGACCGGGACGGGCAGUACCAUCACAAGGAGAGGGACAGCCACUAUCAGAGCCGCACCGAUCGAGAUGGGCAGUACCAGAACCGGGAGAACCGAACGGAUCGCGACGUUCAGUACCAGAACCGUGCAGACCGGGAGAGCCAGUACCAAAGCAGAGCAGAGCGAGAAGGGCAGAACCAGUAUCAGAACCGGGACAAGGAGCGAGAUCUACAGCACUAUGGAAACCGGGAUGGGCAGUACCAGAACCGGGAGAGCCACUACAGGGAACCCUGCCAGCUACAUCGAGAUCGGCCCCCGCAGUGCCACCAGACUCGGGAGAAGGAGCAUGAGUACCCCCGGCCACCUCGGGAAAGGGAGAGGGGUCAGCUGAGCCGUGGAGCAUCGCGGAGCUCUAGUCCUGGAGCAGGAGGUGGCCACAGCACCAGUGCCAGUACCAGCCCAGCCACUACUCUGCAGAGAAAGUCGGAUGGCGAAAAUUCAAGAACUGUCAGGUCGUCCACGUGUCCCACUCUGCACCAGUACUGCUGUUCUGCUCAGUCGCUUCUCCACUCGCAGCUAGCUUCCCCUGCCAGGCACACAGGCUGCAGGGAGGAUGACGAGGCUGAGGACGUCCACCAGUUUUGUUGCCCUGCCUCUGAGUGCAGCAGCCCCUCCUCUAGUGUGGAAGGAGACCCUCCAGGAAGUGAGGCAGGCACUAUAGUGGACAGCCUGGGCAGUCAGCCUCCAUAUCGCUGUGCCCCUGAGGUGACCAAGAUUGAGCACUACGAUUUGGCACCAUCGUCAUCCUCCUCCUCUGUCUGUCACACUCCGUCGCAGGGGCUACCUUGGGCUCAACGUGCUCGACUACAGCCAGCCAGCGUGGCGCUGAGGAAGCAGGAAGAGGAAGAGAGCAAGCGUUCCAAGGCGCUGUCAGACAACUAUGAGCUCUCGACAGACCUCCAGGACAAAAAGGUGGAGAUGCUGGAGCGGAAGUAUGGGGGAUAUUUCCUGAGCCGGCGAGCAGCUCGAACCAUCCAAACAGCCUUUCGCCAAUACCGUAUGAACAAGAAGUUUGAGCGCCUACGAAGCUCAGCAUCUGAGAGCCGUAUGUCACGGCGCAUUAUCCUCUCCAACAUGCGGAUGCAGUACUCCUUUGAGGAGUAUGACAAAGUCCAGAAUGCCCCUUACUUCGAAGGCAAGCCUGCCUCACUGGAUGAGGGGACCAUGGCUGGCGCUCGGCCUCAUCUGCUGGACCGGGGUCUACCCUAUGGUGGCUCCUGUCGGGCUGGCUUGGAUGGCGGUUCCCUGCAUUCCUCUUCCGGAGGCUUCUGCAAUGACAUCACUGAGCUAGAGGACUCCUUCUCUAAGCAGGUGAAGUCUUUGGCAGAAUCAAUUGAUGAAGCUUUGAACUGCCACCCACUGGGCCAGGAGGGAGGGCCAGGGGGGCCUUCUUUGGAGAAGAGUGAAUCCAAGGAGCAGCAGGGUGACAGUGCAGCAACUUCGUUCAGCGAUGUAACGCUGUACCUGGAUGAAGGAGCUCCCACGUCUCCCCUCUCUCUGGAGCGCCCACCCAGCACUGAGCCACCCGAGCCCAGUGCGGUGCCAAUCCCGCCACCACCACGGCCAGAGUACUGGGGUGGGCCUCAGCGGGAGGACAGCCGAGAGAACGGGGGUGGUAGCCGGCGCAGCACACCUUGUAUGGAAUGCCGGGACUACCGCCUGCGUGGUGCCCAUCUCCCACUGCUCACCAUCGAACCACCCAGUGACAGCUCAGUGGACCUAAGUGACCGCUCUGAUCGGGGUUCUCUCAAUAGGGGCCUCAUGUACGAGCAAGAUGGCUGCAGCCCCCAUGGCACCCUCAAGCACCCUGGUGGGCCCACCCGCUCUCCGCACCCACACCGGCAUUACCACCCUGAACAAAACCAGCCGCCCCCACCUCUGCCGAUACCACCCCCUCAGGCUCCUGGCCGCCUGCCCCCACCUCCUGCGCCAGACAACUCCGACGGGGACAACGACAGCCUCAACAGCACCACCAACUCCAAUGAAACCAUCAACUGCAGCUCUGGCUCCUCCUCCCGCGACAGCCUGCGCAACCCUCCCCCCCCCACCCCAGCCACCACCUCAGCCCCUGGCGGGCCCUGCAAGCAGACUUACCAGCGGGAGACGCGGCACAGCUGGGACUCUCCUGCUUUCAACAACGACGUGGUGCAGCGUCGCCAGUACCGCAUCGGCCUCAAUCUUUUCAACAAGAAACCAGAGAAGGGGAUCCAAUAUUUGAUUGAGAGAGGCUUCCUGUCAGACACCCCAGUUGGCGUGGCACGCUUUAUCCUGGAGCGGAAAGGGCUGAGCCGGCAGAUGAUUGGUGAAUUUCUGGGCAACCGGCAAAAGCAAUUCAACCGGGACGUACUUGACUGCGUAGUAGACGAGAUGGACUUCUCCAACAUGGACCUGGAUGAAGCUUUGCGAAAGUUCCAGUCUCACAUUCGGGUGCAAGGCGAGGCGCAGAAAGUGGAGCGCCUCAUUGAGGCCUUCAGCCAACGCUACUGUGUAUGUAAUGCCCCACUGGUGCGCCAGUUCCGGAACCCAGACACUAUCUUCAUCCUGGCUUUCGCCAUCAUCCUUCUUAACACUGACAUGUACAGCCCCAGUGUCAAGGCAGAGAGGAAGAUGAAACUAGAUGACUUCAUCAAGAAUUUGCGAGGGGUGGACAAUGGUGAGGACAUUCCCCGUGAUCUGCUGGUAGGGAUUUACCAGCGGAUUCAGAGCCGGGAGCUGCGUACCAACGAUGACCACGUCUCUCAGGUCCAGGCAGUUGAGCGUAUGAUUGUGGGCAAAAAGCCGGUUCUCUCUCUGCCCCACAGGCGCCUGGUUUGCUGCUGUCAGCUGUAUGAGGUCCCUGACCCCAACCGGCCACAGAGGCUGGGGCUGCACCAGAGGGAGGUCUUCCUGUUCAACGACCUGUUAGUGGUGACAAAGAUAUUCCAGAAGAAGAAGAUCCUUGUGACCUACAGUUUCCGCCAGAGCUUCCCUCUUGUCGAGAUGCAGCUGCAGCUCUUCCAGAAUUCCUAUUACCAAUUUGGGAUUAAGCUGCUCUCGGCUGUUCCUGGUGGGGAGAGGAAGGUCUUGAUCAUCUUCAAUGCCCCCAGCCUGCAGGAUCGGUUGCGCUUUACCAGUGACUUGCGGGAAUCCAUUGCUGAAGUGCAAGAGAUGGAGAAAUACCGUGUGGAAUCGGAGCUGGAGAAACAAAAAGGGGUGAUGCGCCCAAAUGCCUCCCCCUCUUCUGGGCCCAAGGACACAGUGAAUGGGACUCUGACUCGCAGCAGCCUGGAGGAUGCCUACACUGUGGGAGAAGGGCUGAAGCGCAGCGCCCUCAGCAGCUCCCUCCGUGACCUCUCUGAUGCUGGCAAGCGGGGCCGCCGUAACAGCGUGGGAUCCUUGGACAGCACAAUUGAAGGGUCUAUUAUUAGCAGCCCACGCCCCCACCAGCGAGUGCCACCGCCACCUCCUCCUGAGGAGUACAAGCCCCAGCCUCGGCCCCCCUCAAACUCGUCGUCUUUCCUGGGCUCCCUGUUCGGCAGCAAGCGUGGGAGAGGCCCCUUCCAGAUGCCCCCCAGCCAGGCCUCCGCCUCUUCCUCUUCCGCCUCUUCCUCCCACCACCACCUUCCCCCGCACCACCCUCAUCACAGCCACCCGUCCCUCCCCGACGGCAGCCAGUCCAAGCUGCAGGCCCUCCACGCCCAGUACUGCCACGGCCCGUCUGCCCAGCCGCCGCCUCCCUAUCCCCAGCAGCCCCCGCCGCCCCAGCAGCCCGCCCCGCCGCCGCCGCCACUGGCCCUACCUUCCAACCCCUUGCCGCCUCAGGCCCAGCGCUACCACCACUCCCAGCAGCCCCCUCUCUCGGCCCCGCCUCAGAAGCAGGCGGCUCCGGCUUUCCCCACCCCACAGCCUCACCACCACUACACCCUGGGCCGGCCGGCCCAGCAGAAGCGGGCCCACCAGAUGGCUGCAGCUGCCUCCCAGUACCCUCCCUUCCCCCACGGGCGCCAGCCCACCUCGCCACUACCCCUCUACAGCCCGGCCCCCCAGCAUGCCCUGGCACAUACCUAUCCUCAGCAGCUGCAUCAGCCUGGGGGUAGUGGGCAACACACCCUGCACAGGCCGCAGGCCCCAAAGCACUUUAUUUUCAGCCAUCACCCCACCCAGCUCAUGCAGCGGCCUCCUCCACCUUCGGGCGUGGGUCCCUACCCUGGACAUCACGGCCAUCCUUCUCAGCAGCAUCACGGGCAGCCCCCAAUGCCCCCUCCUCACUCCCCCAUUCCUCCCCACCCUUCCUACCCACCCCUCCCACCUCCAUCACCGCACACUCCCCUCAGCCCCCACUCUCCAGCUGCCCCAACCUCCCCACUGCCCCAGCACAUCCCCAUGCACCAAGGGGGGCCUCAAGCCAUGCCCUCCCAAGGGCCCCCUAACCCCAAACCGAAGCCGGUCAACAGAAUCAGUACUGUUGUGUGAGGAAGAUGCAACACUACCCAUGGAAUUGAUAGAUAUAAAUAUAUAAAUAACAAGAUCUCGGGGCCUCCCCCAUCCCAGCUGUGGGUUGGGAGAGGGGGUGGAAGUCAGGCGGGUGUCUAGACAUUUUGGCCAUUCCCCUUCUUCCUCCCCACUCCACACCCCAUCCCUCUUUUUCCUAGGAUCAGAACUGAGAGAGGGCAUCCUUUGGACCAGUGCCUUGGAAAGGAAGAAAUCUGGACCUGCAACACCGCUCGUGGCCUGAGGGUGGCUCCGGCUUCACACUUCGGCUCUGAUGCUAGGGGCUCCACCUCUUUUCUGUUCCCUGCGGAUCACCCCUCUCCCCCUUUCUCAUUAGAAAAUGGGAUGCCUGCAGGCAGUGUGGUAACUUUUCAGAGAAAAGUUGGUAAAAACAUGAGGUGCAGUGGAGGGGGGACGUGUUCUGCUUUUGCCCUGGCUAGGGGCAUUGUCACACACAUGGAAUUUCCCACCUGGACUCUUCUGUAAAUGUGCUGCAGAUGGAGAUGGUCUGAUGUUUGUAUACCUCAUUCACACAAACAGCAGGCGAAGCAGUAAAACUAUUCCUGGAUACAAUAGAAAACCAGGAGGAAGGAUUCCAGCCUAGCUUCCUGGAUGUGUGUGUGUGUGUGUGGAAUUCAUGGGGAAGCAUUCUCCUAUGCAUUUCCCCCCACAGUUUGAAGUGGAAUGGUCCAGGAACAAGUUUAAUCAUGCCAUCUGCUGUUUCAGUGUAAAGCCAGUCAGAUGUGCUAGUGCCAAGGGCAAUUGGUGUGGCAUGGAGGUUUUGAAUGAGAAGAGCAAGUCAUAGAGUGGAUAUUACACCUUCACAUGCUCACUCUCUCUCCUUACGAGUCUAGGGUGGCCAACAUUUCUUUUGCUCUUGGAGCAUGACUGUGCACCAGCGUUUGCCCACCUGCACCAAAUAAAGGGCCUUGUCUCAAUGAAAUGUUAGCCAAGUAGCAGGUAGUCCCCACAGCUGCCUUCCGUGUGUCUUGUUUACAUAGCAGGUGGCCAUUUAUGAGAGACCUGCCCAAAGAGUAUUGCUUCAGCUAGGAAGGAUGACCAAAGGAGAGCUGCUUCCUUUCUUCUCAUUAAUUACUUUUAAAUGUCUGAAUACCCCAGUUUUUAAUAUCAGCUGCAAUGAACGAUAGCAAAUGGCCAAUGUAAAUGUUGGAAAUAUAGCGGCAGAUUAAAGGCGGGUAACGUUUAGGAGUGGGGAACCUUAGGUCCUCCAGAUAUUGCUGAACUACAACUCCCAUCAGCCCUGGCAAGCAUCGCCAGUGGUCAGGGAUGAUGAGAAUUGUAGUUCAGCAACAUCUGGAGGGCCACAGGUUCCCCCCAUCAAUCUAGACCAGCAAUGGUACUCGUGGCCUGAGGGUGGGGCUAGUUUCCCACUUGAGAUUUAAUGCCAGUAAAGGCUAAGUAAGCUUUGGUACUGUAUUGAACUCCUUAAUGCAGUGUCGAAAGGAACUGCUAAGGCUCACUUCACACAACCUGGCAACAGUUUCUCUGUGGCUACUUCAGACUGCUUUGAUAAGCUUCAGAAUGAUGUACUUGCUGGAGGCGCUGCUACUGCCCUACUGCCAGUCACUGUGAACUGGGCUUUAUGUACAGCCAUACCAAUGGCUCUUCUACCCCCAGUACUGCUCUUAGAGCUGCCUCUGGCAUGACUUUUCUUUUUUUAAGCAACAUUCAGUGGACUCUGUCCAACUUAAAGCACUCUUUCUGUUAGGUUCACAGAAUACAGGACUGAGCCUUGCCAAUUCGAAAGUUUCAAUAGCUCAGCCCUAAGACAUCCCUGUUCUGGUAUAGAUGUGAAUGUAGUCAUUUUCAGCUGUACAGAGGGGCAAUGGUUGUUACAUUUUUUAAAAGGCAGAUCUUUUUUUGCCUUAAUUUAGAUACUUAUCUGGCCUUUUGCAUCAUGGAAAGGUGUGCACCCUUAGCCAUCCUUCAUACAAAUGAUGUCACAAAUAUGAUGUAGGUCACAUAGGUGUCAGGUAGCUGCAGUCCUGCCCUCCCCCACCCUUUUUUUCUUUUUGCGGGAAAGAAUUGCGAAUACUGAGUCUCUGAGCAUUCUGCUCAUAAAUGACAACACUGCUGUGGAGAGGGGGGCGCACGUCACUUGUCCACUCCACACAGGCCUCGGUGAGCUCCAAACAAGAGCCCUGGCCCUUCAGGCAGGCAGUGAGAUUAGUUUGGGGGGGGGGAGUCAAUAGAUGGCUAACUUCCUUCUGCUGUGAAGCCAGUUGAAGAAACCUGUACAGCUCCAAAGGUUGCCAUCUGGAAAUGUAUUCAAUCUAUUAUCCAGGACCAGCAUGGCCAAAGCUGUUUAAAACCAUGAAAUCAAACUUGGUCCAGUUUCUGCCAUUUGCCAGUGUUUGGUGGAGAUGGAGCUGUGCUUGUGAGGUUUUUAGGAGUGGGGUACCUGUGACUCUCUGAGGACUUGGGACUGAACAGUUCAGCAACAAAGGCCAGAAAGGUCACCACGAAGCAGCUGCAAAAGUAGCAGGGGAGCAGUGCGAUGGGGUGCUUAAGCCUUUCUCUGCAUCUGCCUCCUGCAAGCCACUUGUUUGAAUAUGUUUCCCCCGUUUUAGGGAAAGUGGCAAGCAAGGGACACGUUAAGCAGCACCUCUGCUCCCCGCUCCGUGUGGCUUUGCAGCUGUUCAGAGGCGACUGUGUCAGCCAGGAUUUGGCAUUUAGUUCCUACUGUAAGUCAUAAGGGCUCCUGUGCUUGACUUAUUGGGUGCAUGGAAAAACUGGGAUGACAGAAGCCCUGCUCCAUACCCAAUAGUUGCUGGCUUUUCCCCCCCUGCAGGUGGAAACAAUAUCUCCCUUGCCCAGGUGCUCCUGUUUGUGUCUAUGUUGCCUGGAAAGGGGGGUGGGGAGUUAAAAGAGUUAUCAAGGCAGGGCACCUGCAGGUAGAUCCCUUGCUUCACAGCAAAAUAUAGAUUUGCUUCCAAUCUCUGUGGCCCUGUGUUUACAGGUAUGGCAUCUGUGCAGGGUCCUUUUCCCUGUACCUAUCCCCAUCCCCAAGCCUCUUCAGUGUUGGCUUCCUGGAUAUUUCCAGCAUGUUUCCGCCCCACCCCAUUCCAUCGCCUCUGCUAUAGCCACCAAGGAUUUAUCUUCCUGAAGGAUAGUCCAUACUUUUGCAAAGUAGCCCCUUCCCGCUCCUCUGCACUGAAGAGGCAACAGGGGCCUUGGGUGCCCCCUGCCACUUCGCAGAAAGGAGGCUCUUUUUUAGUUUUCACAGAGUUUGUGAGUUUCUGCUGUUUACAUGGAAGGAAGGAAAGAGUGUGUGGCGGGGGGACUUAAUAGGUCAGGCAGAGGCAGAUCAUUGGUAUUCUUGAUAAAUUUGGGACCUGAGGGACAGAAUCUGUCCUGCCCUCUCAGUUCUUAUUCAUAAAGGGCUAUUCUUACUCCUUUUCCCCCCUCCCCACUUGCCAUGGGGUUUGCACUAAGUACAUUUUUAAAGGGUGGGGGUUAUAUGGUCCCUGGACAUGUAUGAACCCUCACUGAACUGCAUAUAGGGGAAAACAGCAGUGGAGGGUGGGACAUGUGUCCUCUCACCCAAAUCGCUUUUAUCCUGUCGGUGGCUCUCUAUCUGGCAAUAGGGGAGAGACACUAAUCCCCCCCCUUUCCUUGGAAGCUUAAAUGCACUUUAACCCCCUACUUCCUGAUUCCGUUGAUUCUAGAAAAAGAUGGGAUACAGUUUCGCCUGUCCCAAACCAAGCUAAUGGGACCCAUUCAGGCCUAACCUUCUCCCUCACCCUCCAUUCCCUAAAGGUGUUACCUUGACCUGCCACCCUCCUGUCUAGUCCGGUAGAGACAGGAUGCCUAGAUUUUCUUGCUUUGGCUCUGAGCAAAGGGAUAUGGUAUAAGGGUUCCAGAUUAUGAAUUCAAAAAGUAAGAAAUGGCUGUGUGAGUUACAGUGCCUGGUCUGCAUAUUUUUAAAGGAGAUUGCUGUGAAUGUUGGUGGAAGAAAUUAUUUUAAUGCUCAGUUAAAUUUUAAAGUGGUGCUUCCCAAACUUCUGAUAGUGGGAGCACUCUUAUUUUUCUAUAUUUAAUGUGAUGCGCCAACAGCAAUGGAUGAUCCUCUCUGAAGACAGACUCUUUCUGCAUUGGAAGUGGCUGGGCCCAGAAAGCAAUCAGAAGGAGCUGGCUUCAGGAAAGGCAAACGCUGGAGCCUCAUAGGAACUGGAAUUAUUUAAUCAAUCUUUUUGCUGUUGCAUACUAGGCAUGAGUUUCCUUAAGUCACGCUAGUGUGCCUCAUCAACCAGUUUAGGGAAUAACUGCUCUGACAAAAGCAGGGUGAGCAAGAGGUAGGAUUUCUGGCCUCUAGCUCUUUGGAGAAGGGGGAAGAAUAAAUAGGAACUGGUUAGUGGAAGGUUUUAGGCAGCUCACUGACUCAGCCCAGACUUGGACCUCCGUUCCUCAUUUUCUUCAUCCUCCACUAACUGAUUGCACUCCACAGCCUUGAGGGGACCCAGGAGUUCUGUCUGUAGCUGCAAGCGGGCGGCAGUGGCCUUGCUGUAGCAGCUCCAAGCGCCACCCUGCAGGGUCCUGGGCUUCCUUUCCUUUCCUAAUAGCCUAUGUCAGGUCUUCUUGCCCUCUGCCCCCCCCUCCACCAGCAUGCACUUUGUCCCUACCCUGCACUGCAUUUCCUGUGUUGGGUUUGUUGCUGUACAGAGAUUCCUGUGUAUAUACUAUAUAUUAUAAAUAUCAGCCUCUAGGAGGGGGCGGGGUGGGUGAUUGGGCUCCAGCCCAUGUAUUUUCUGUGGCAUGGGCCACCUCCUGCCCUUUCUCCCAGAGCUCAUGGCUGGAAAACUCCAAACUGACUGUAUUUUUUGGUUCCUUACCUUCUCCCAUCCCUUCACCUCUGGUCCAGUUUGUACAUAAGAAACUGUAUAUUUGAUGCUUCAUAAAUUGACCAGAUGUCCUUGCUGUGUGAA